GUAGAGUCUGAUGAUCUGACAGGCAGCUCUGUCUUCCACUCUUCUCAUCUAUCGUAAUAUAUUAACAUUUUUAUUAGUAGUAGUAAAAUCACCAAAUCUAGUUUUUACUGACUCAAGUCAGCAGAUGGAGCAGAUAUCCAGCAGAGGGGAGAUCGGACUGAUGAGCGGACUGAAUCAGGGCCCUGCAGGUCCGACCUGUGGUAAACCUCAGGUGUUUGACUGGUAUCAACCUCAACAGCAGUACUUGAAUCUGACCAACAGGGGGCGAAACAACACGUCACACACUCAGACUGCUGCUACUUCGUCCAUGCAUCCUCUCAUCCCUCUCCUCCUCUACAGCGACAGACACGUCCCUCCUUCCUCCCCGUACAGCCAGCCAAUCAGUGCACCCGCUGCCCGGCAGGCAGACGCCCCCUCCAGGACACACCCGUGUUACCAUGGCAACAGUGUCACCAGCAGCAGCAGACAGCCUGUGAAGAAGCCUCUGAACGCCUUCAUGCUCUACAUGAAGGAGAUGAGAAACAAAGUGCUGCAGGAGGGACGAGAGAGAGAGAGCGCCGCCAUUAACCGCAUCCUGGGACGCAGGUGGCACACUCUGUCACACUCUGAACAGUCCAAAUACUUCGAUCUGGCCCAUAAGGAGAGACUGCUUCACAUGCAGCUCUACCCUGGAUGGUCCGCCAGGGAUAACUACGGCAAAAGGAAGAGGAAGCGGAGCCAGCAGCCCACAGGAAGCUGCCCCAGCUGGACUCUGAGUGCUGGAUGAGACCGCUGAAGAGACAACAUGUGACACACACACACACACACACACACACACUUAAUGCACUAAAAUGUAGUGAAGUUGCUGCUGAUGAAACUCUAGUUUGGUUUAAAUCUAUGGUUAACAUAUUAUGGUUAUUUACAUACUUGUUUCAACAAGUGGCUCAUGAUAUGAUAUGGUGUCUCUUUCUUGAUUAUAUCAGAGCAAAGCAAUUCAGUGACAACUAAGUAGUGUCUGUUGAUUGAUAUGCAGUUUUUAAAAAAUUACUUUUUAAAUCAUACUCAAAGUGAGAAUAUGCGGACAUUUCCAUCAUGGCAGCUGUGGACGCUGGAGAUACAGAUCUGAGCAUGCAUGGCCAAUUAAUUACUUUAUAUUUUUUGUACCUACAGUGGUGUGAAAAAGUGUU